AUGAAGGCAAGGAUAACCAAAGAUGGUGCUGAUCAAGAAAGCAUCAGAGACAAGCUCAAGCUGUGUAUUGAUCCGCUUGCUCCAACAUCACAUCCCCCAAAUAUUGUGAACAUAGUGAGUGGUCAGGUGGCGGAUCACAAAGUAAAUGUUCAAGAUGCUGUAGCUAUUGGUACCAAGCAAAUGCAAGAAUUCGAAAAAAGCUGGCCAGAAGGGUUCGGGAGUACAAUCUCAAAGAAAGUCAAAACUGUUGCAGACAGUAAGAAACAUAUCAAGGUUGGCUCAAAGAAGGUGUAUGAUACUUCGGUGAUUUGCAGUAGAGUGAUAGGCAUCCAAGCAAGUUCAUGGGACAUUGAUAUCAAGAAGGUAUUGAGUCAUGAGCUGGCUCCUGUGCCGACGUCAAUGUUUCUUGACUCAGGUGCAAUGCGAAUCUGCAAAGCAACAUCGGAGUUUAAAAAGCGGCUUGCAAAAGAAGCAUCAUCGCGAUGUAAUAUGUCCACUGUUGCGGCAACGGUGCUGGAUGGCUCUGCAGUGCUGUGGGUUGUCCAUUGGCCGGUUAAAGGUGUUAUCGCCGACUUCGUGGAGAAUUUCAAGGGGUUCUUAUUGAAGAAGCUACUAGAUUCUGUUGUCUACUUGAUCUUCGACAGGUAUCGCGAGUACAGCACCAAGAGUGUAACAAGAGACGCGAGGACAUGUGAGGCAAGCAGGGUGUAUCAGCUUACACAAAACACACCUCUUCCUUCACAGAAGGCUGUGCUAACAGUUUCUCCCAACAAGAAACAGCAUGUCUAG